AUGUCCUCUCGUGCUCCUGUGGUCGUUCGUGGCGGUGGCUUUGGUCUGGACGCUGAGCUGGCGCGUAGAGCUGCCGAGCGCUACGACUACGACAUGGAGAACGAGGCGCGCGCGUGGCUCGAGGCCAUCUCGGCGAUGCAGAUCGGCGACGACUUUGGCGAAGGUCUGCGCGACGGCGUCAUCCUCUGCACUGCGGCCAACAAGAUCCACCCGGGCGUCGUGAAGCGCAUCGAGACCAAGUCGAAGAUGCCGUUCAAGCUCAUGGAGAACGUGUCGUGCUUUAUCAAGGCCUGCCGCGUCAUGGGCGUGAGCGAGUUCGACCUGUUCGAGACAGUCGACUUGUUUGAGCGCAAGGACUUGGGCAACGUGGUGCGCUGCGUUUUUGCGCUGGGGCGCGCCGUGCAGCGCAAUUACCCGAAGUUUGAGGGUCCUACGCUGGGCGUCAAGGAGAGCAGCAAGAACCAGCGCUCCUUCACGUCGGACCAGCUUGCUGAUGGGAAGAACAUCCCCGCGCAGCAGACACUGGGCAGUUUCCGUACAAUGAAGCGACAGACGACUUCGUAUACGAACAACGUCAUGCUUGGAGCCGAUGCUGCCCAGAGCGCGUAUCGGGCCCCACCGCCUCCGCCGCCUCCGUCAGCCGAGAAGAUCGAGCAGUUGUCUCGGUUUCGCAAGGCGGACAAGUUGACAUGGUCUUGUUCCCAGCCUGCGGUCAAAGCGUCGCCUCUGAAGCGUACACUGACAAAUGAGGAAGUCGAGGCGACAGUUGCAGAACUUUCUGAUGACGUGAACAAGACGGCCGUGGGCGACAAGAGGGUCGCGCCGUCAAGGCUUGCGCUGAACAGCGUAGCUGACAGCAUUGGACCAACAGCUGAACAAGAGGCGCAAGCGUGGAUCGAGGCGGUGCUCGGGGAGAAGUUUCUAGCGAGCUUUGGCGAUAGCUUGAAGGACGGCGUCAUGCUGUGCACCGUGAUGAACAAGAUCAAGCCUGGAUUGAUUCCGCGUAUCCAGACCUCAGCAACGCCUUUCAAGCAGAUGGAGAACGUGAGUAACUUUGUUCGUGCAUGCCGCAGCAUUGGCGUCGCCGAAUUCGAUCUGUUCGAGACGGUCGACUUGUACAACCAAACGAAUCUCGCGCAGGUUGCGCAGUGUAUCCAUGCGCUGGGUCGCACGAUCCAAAAGACCAUGCCUGCGUACGAUGGCCCGCGCCUUGGCGUCAAGGAGUCUACCGUAAAUUUGCGGCAGUUUUCGGAGGCCCAGCUUCGUGAAGCAGCUUCGGCCGUGCCCGUGCUAGCACAUGCUAGUCAAUCAGUGAUGGAACGACGUCCGUUUGAUCACUCUACCUCAAUCACUUUUCGCUCCGACACUGCUGCCGCCGCUGCUGCAGCUGCCGAUAAGCUGACCACUGAAAAGGCUUCACUGAAGCCGGAGAGUGAUGCAAGUAAGCAAGAAGCGUUGCCGAAGAUGCUUGCUGAACUGGCACCUUCGAAUGGUGGAGCCGACGCUCCGCUGGCGUCUGAACCAGAGAGCGUGGACACUGGGGUUGCUUCGAUGCCGGAGCCGGAGAGCUGCAAGGAAGAGCUGGUAAAACUGCAAGGGCCUGGCUGGCUUGCACAGCGUGUGAUGUCUCUGAACGCCGGAAGCGUUGGCAAGUCGCACAUGCCUGUCGGGGGCUCAACUCCUGUGCUUCCGACCCGCACCGUCUGGAGCUAG